CUCUGCAAAUCCAAGAAAAGCAAAAAAGUGGGAGAUUGUUAAGAUUUUCAAACGAACUACAGCUGCUCUUCUCAAAAGCAAGAAAGCAAAAAAGAGCUAUUUGUCUCUCGUCUAUAGAGAGAAAAUCAAAGAUAUAAUGGCUUCUACAGAGACCCAAUAGUGAAAGAGAAAGGUUAUGAAAACUAAAGAAGAAUAUCAAGAAAAAAAAGAGAAAAGGUUAAGGAAACUGUGGGAAUCUUUCUUCAUCUUUCACUGUUUAGUUGAUCCCACAUCGCCACCUCUCUUCUUCUCUCCUGGAUACUGAAACAAAGCUGGAUUUUCUCUGUUUCUGGCAUUAGCUUAUGAGCAUUUCUCCCCAUGGGAUUGUCAUGUGGGGAGCAUGAUUUUGGUGACAGAGAAAGUGAAGUGCCACUAGCGGAUGAGACCAGACGGAGCAGACAAAGGUGUAGUGACAUGGAUUUACACCAUCAUGCAGUUGAAUUUGAUGUUGAACUCUGGCCUGUUGAACACCCAAAGGAGCCCCAGGAUGAAGAUCGCCCUCUCAAAUGCCCAAUUCCAGCUUCUUCUCUUGUUAAUGAUGGAAGCUCGCGUGAGGAGAGGUAUGGAUACGGUGAGAGCUUGAGGAUGAGAACAGAGGUUCCAGCAAUGGUGAACAAAGAAGGCAUUGUUAUUGUGGCUGCAGAACCUCCAAUUCAAGCAGUGCGUAAAAGGCACCAUACUCUUACCCAUGGAGAUCAUACAAUAACAUCAAGAAUGCCUCAUCUUCCUCCUCUUCCUACCCAGAAUGUCACCAUCUUUCAAAUGCUUCAACAGUUAGAUGAGUUUGAGUGUAGCAAAAGUAGAUAAAAAUAAUUGUAUUCCAUGUUUUCUCAUCUAUCUUCUGUUUCUUUCAAUCAAAUAGCCGAGGGAUGAGCUUCUUCUUGAUAAGAUAAAUGUAGCUUUAAUAGAGAAACAAAAUCCAAGAUGUAGCAAGGUUCAUGUUCCUUACCUGAGCAAGAUAUUGGUCUAUAAUUUUCUUCU